CCCGGCCCCAUGGAGUGCUACUACAUCGUCAUUAGCUCCGCGCAUCUCAGCAACGGGCACUUUCGCAACAUCAAGGGAGUUUUCCGAGGCCCCCUCAGCAAGAACGGGAACAAAACUCUGGAUUACGCUGAAAAGAAAAACACGAUAGCAAAAGCUCUGGAAGAUCUUAAAGCCAACUUCUACUGUGAACUCUGUGACAAGCAGUACUAUAAACACCAGGAGUUUGACAAUCACAUUAACUCUUACGAUCAUGCUCACAAACAGAGGCUGAAGGAACUGAAGCAGAGGGAGUUUGCUCGAAACGUAGCAUCUAAGUCACGAAAAGAUGAAAGGAAACAGGAGAAAGCCCUUCAACGGUUGCACAAGCUAGCUGAGCUAAGGAAAGAGACAACUUGUGCUCCUGGAAGUGGCCCUAUGUUCAAAUCCACUACAGUGACUGUGCGAGACCAUUGCAAUGAUACCCCACAAAGUGCUGCCGUAGAUUCUGACAACAAACAGGAUUUCAGCUGCACGUUAAUGCACGACGCACAGAAUUGUAAAGACGUUGCUUCUGUUGUUUCUUCCACUCCUGGAAAUGCAUGUGGUAAUAAAUCCGAGGCUAACAAAUGUGGAGAUCAGGUUCAAGGAGCUCAAGGACAUAGAGUUGGGUUUUCUUUUGCUUUUCCUAAGAAAGCAGCAAUCAAACUGGAGUCUUCAGCUGCUGUUUUCUAUGAAUAUAAUGAUGAAACGUCUAUGGAACAUGGACUUAGCAGAAGAAGUAGGUUUGUUCCAGGAGCAUGUAACCCUCCGUCUCCUUCAGCAACAGAAAUAGUCCUGUGCCCUGAGGAGAAAAAUAACUGUUUUUACCCACUGGUGGAAAAAUGCAUAGACACAGCGGAAGCUCCUGAAGUUCAGGAGUCAAAAGAGCUGGUGAGUGAAGAAAGCAGGGUUCUAGAGAGCCCUGAACUGACCCCUGCUGUUUCCCAUUCAAAGCAACUGGUGUCCUCAGACAUGGAUGUCUAUGGCAUUGGUGGAAGUGCAGCAGACUUACCUGACCAAACGCUGCCCGUGGCUGUGGACAGUGCUCAGGUCCUGCCCCUGGACUGCAGCAGGAACAAGCUGCAGGAAAACAGAGCUCUCACGCAGGCGGUUGUGGAAGAUUGUUUAUCUCUGCAGGAUGUUGCGGAGGAAAAUGAUAAAGACAGGAACUGUGACUCAUCCACAGUUGAAACUGAAAUAAAAAAGCUGGGGGCAGAUGCAUUGGUUUCAUCACCAUCUGAAGAAGGUGGUAGUGGAGCCUCACAAAGCAAACCGGAAAUGCAGAAGAGACUUUGUGAACCCUUUGUUCCCGUUCUCAGCAAACAUGGAUCAAACAUUCUUCAGUGGCCAUCAGAAAUGUUAAUUUACACAAGUACAGACCCAUCGAUUUCUUACAGCUGUAAUCCUUUAUAUUUUGAUUUCAAGUCAUCAAGAGCAAAUGACAGCCAAGAAAAGCCCAAGCAUCAGCCGAACAUACCUCAUUUGCACCAUAAAACUGAAUCCAACCAGAGCUUUGCCUCGGAUUUUACAAAUAAACCUACUUCAGAGUGUAGUUACUAUGACACAGAAAUGAAUAAAAAUGUGUGCAACUAUACAAUACCCCUUGUAAGUGAUGUUUCCCUCAUCAGAAGUUGUGAUCUUGCAAAAAAUCAAAAUAAAGUGUCCUUGGAUGAGUCAUUCAGGAUCAGGAAAAUAGAGAAGUGUCACGUUUUUAAAAAUCACUUGCGACAAAACACUGUGAUAGAUGAGAAAUACAACAAAGUCUGGGUCAAAGAAAGCCAUGAAAAAUGGCUUCAUGGAAGUAGAAAACGGAAAAGGAGAAGAAGAUUAUGUCAUUGUCAUUAUCAUCACUGUGGGGAUACAACAGCGGCAGAAAUUGAGAUGUCCUCAGUGACUGAAAAAGAAAUUAGUUACAGAGAUGAAAAUAAGUAUCAGCACCUCCAAAAUAAUGCAGAGAAGUGCAGACACGAUGCGGGGAAUAUCUGGCUAGCUACAGGUGAGAUGCAGUCACAUCAAAAACUUGGCAUUGAAAAUGGUCAUAAGAGAGUCAUGUCUGCUUCAGAUCAUGUACAUGGAGACAGAGGCUGGUGUGGCCUUUGGAGUGCAAAAAAUAGCAGCCAACACCACAGUUGUAAACGACUGCACAGAAAGUGCAAAGCAAGCUCUCGGAGACAGGCCAAGCAGCUGGCUCUGAGUUCAAGGAGGCACAGAUUAAGGUGCUCUAAAACAUGUUGUAACUGGAAAGUCAGGAAGUCAGGCAGUAGCCCAGAGCAUAAAUGCCUAGGACACUGCAGUGAGGAGAAGAGUCCAAGUCAAAACCAGUCCAUAAAGAGAGCUUAUAACGUUCUGACAGAGGAACCUGACAAAUCCCACCGCAAGCGGAGGCAGUAUACCUACUCCUCUUCAUCAGAGGAAAGCUCAUACAGACAGACACCAUCAGCAGAGGAGUAUCUAAGGCAAGCGCAUGCUUUAGGUACACAUCACAAGGCAAAAGGGAAACGCAGGAGAAGGAAAACAAGAAUCCAUCAUGUAUUUCUUGACAGGAACUCAAGAAGCGAGACCUCCAGGCCUUCCAAAGAAAAUUCUGCAGAUUCUACGUUAAAUAUUUUGGGGGACUUCUUGGCUCAAGACAGUGUAGAGGAAACUCCUGUGGAUCCCAAAGCUGAUCAUGCAAAAGAUAAGGAUGAAACAAUGCAGCUGGAGGAAAGCAAGUCAUCUCUAGAAACUGAUAGUUCACACGUGCUGGAAAACGACAAACUGACGGCAUGUGCAGUGAUGGAGAGUGCUCCAGGUACAUAUUCUGAUGUUGUUGCAGGUUCUGCUGCUUCUCUUCCUGAGCACAGUGCUCCAGCAGUUGCUGGCAUGCAGGAUGUUCUGCAAGAUGAAAAGAAAAAAGAAAAUGUCAACAGUCGCGAAAAUCAAGCUCAUUACAAAGUUCCCCUCCCCAACAGACAUUUGGAACAAGUUCCUCCUAAAUCCUAUCAUUGCCAUUAUGACUUGGCUGAAUCUCUACCCCAUGAGAAAACAAAUGAGGUGACCGGUGAGUGGGUACAGUGUAAUCCUGGCAUAUUUAGCAGCCCACCAGCCCUGCCAUUCAAAGAAGCACAUGUAAACAGUCAUACCUUUUUAGCUACCGAGCAGUUAAUAGCCCCCUUCACCCUGCCUGAUCAGACAUUGAUAUUCCCUCCAGACAACCACGAAAAAUUCAAAGAUCUCCCAUCUGAGGCCUACAUGCCACAAAACAUGAUGGCCAACAAAGUAAAGUUCACCUUCCCUCCCGCGGCCAUCCAGCACCCGAAUUCCCCGCUGCAGCCCUUGCCCUUGCAGCCGCCGCUGUGUUCUACCUCCGUGACCACCAUCCAUCACACCAUCCUCCAGCAGCACGCCGCCGCUGCCGCCGGCACCUUGAAGGUCCUCCAGCCCCACCAGCAGUUCCUCUCGCAGGUCCCGGCUCUUUCCAGAGCUCCUUUACCUCAUCUGCCAGUAGGACCCAGGCUGUGCCCGGGGGCCCACGCGGCUUUCGUCACCCCGCCGCAUCUGCCGCUGCUGCCGCCCUCGGUCCUGCACCCCACCCAGCUGGCCUUCCCCCCGCUGCCCCACACCGUCUUCCCGUCCCUGCUGUCGCCCCACCCGGCUGUCAUCCCCCUGCAGCCCCUCUUUUAGGACGGGCUCUCCAGGAUGGAGGAAGGAGCCUUCAGCUCAAACGGUCCUGCUGUUUCUGCUUCGCAAAAACGGAUCUGUGAAAUGGACUGGUUAAAACUCUUCGUUUCUCGGGAAGCAUUUACUGUAAGUAUAACGAUGCAAACCUUCAUGUAAAGUUCAGACCUAUACUAUAACUAAAGCACUGAAUAGUCUUGUACUAAUAUGAACUCUCUCUAUAUAUAUGUGAAAAUCAUGUCUUAGAAUAUGUAUAAUGUAUAUAAAAUAUAUUUAUAGUUCUAUAACUUAUGUUGUAAAGUAUCCACUUUUUGUUUUUUAUCUUUGUGUAUUUGCACCUAUUUAAUGUUUAGAGAAAGCUGAUGCACUAUGUUUUGUACUAUGUUCUCUGAAACUGUAAAUCUAGUGACAAACUAUCUCUUGCAAUAAAUUUUUGUUAACUA